UUUUAUUUUUGUUACCUGCUACAGGCUAAAACAACUCGACUCAUUUGCACUGGAUCCGCCAACAAUUCAUCUUUGUCGCCGCAGGAUUAAGUUUUACGUAUUUAGGUUUCGCGUUUAAGGGGGCAAAGAUGUCUGCAGGAGCAAGACCAUUAGUAACUGUGUAUAGUGAAACAAAUGAAAGAACUGGAAGAAAUAUUCAUUUGCCGGCGGUGUUCAAGGCACCAAUCCGGCCUGACAUUGUUAAUUUUGUCCAUAUGAAUAUGGCUAAAAAUAGACGACAUCCUUAUGCUGUUUCAAAGGAAGCAGGUCAUCAAACUUCUGCUGAAUCUUGGGGUACUGGACGUGCUGUUGCUCGUAUUCCUAGAGUACGAGGUGGUGGAACUCAUCGUUCUGGACAGGGGGCCUUUGGAAACAUGUGUCGUGGUGGACGCAUGUUUGCUCCUACUAAGACAUGGCGAAGAUGGCAUCGUAAAAUUAAUGUCAACCAACGACGUUAUGCCAUUUGCUCUGCUGUUGCUGCUACUGGCAUUCCUGCUUUAGUGAUGUCUAAAGGACAUAGAAUUGAAGAAAUCCCAGAAGUACCCUUGGUUGUUAGUGAUAAAAUUCAGGAAUUUGCUAAAACUAAACAAGCUGUCCAAUUUUUGCGUAAAGUAAAGGCUUGGGCUGAUAUUCAGAAGGUUUAUAAUUCAAAGCGCUUUAGAGCUGGCAAGGGUAAAAUGAGAAAUCGUAGGAGAAUCCAAAGAUUGGGACCUGUUAUUAUUUAUCGUAAAGAUCAAGGUCUCACCAGAGCUUUCAGAAAUAUUCCAGGUGUUGAAACAAUUAAUGUUGAUAAACUAAAUCUUCUUCGUCUUGCUCCUGGAGGUCAUGUUGGACGUUUUGUUAUUUGGACUGAAGGUGCAUUUAAAAGACUUGAUGCUCUUUAUGGCACAUGGGAAAGAAAAUCUGCCAAAAAGAAGAAUUAUAAUUUGCCAAUGCAUAAGAUGACAAGCACUGAUUUGGCUCGUAUGCUGAAGGAUUCUAGAAUUAGGCGUGUAAUGAGACCACCAAUCACGAAAGUUCAGCGUCACAUUUUGAAAAAGAACCCAUUGAAGAACAUUAGAGUAAUGAUGAAAUUGAAUCCUUAUGCUGCUGUGUUGAGAAGAAAGAAUUAUCUGCAUGCUGAGAAGAAAAAGAAGGAAAAGGAAAUUCUUUUGAUGAAGAAAAGAGGAAUUCCAAUUCCUGAAGAAAAGGGAAAGAAAAAGGGUGGUGCUGCUGCUGCCACCAAGGACAAGCCUGCAAAAGGAAAAGGUGCAGGAAAAGAAAAGGCAAAGAAGGAAGUGAAGGCUAAAGCUAAAAAAUAGACUGAAAAAUUUGUGAAAAUAAAUUAAACUUCACAGCAAA